CUCCUCCCGCCGUCGCCCGGAUUCCCGGCCUCCUCUCCCGCCUCUUCCCUCUCGCAGGACCAGGCUAAAGCGGCGUCGCCGGGCCGGCGCCGGUUCCGACGAGUGGCCACCGCCGUCGCGCAUCUCUGCGGCCUGAUUUUGCGCGGGAAAAGAUAUAUUGACCAAAGUCCACUUGUGCAAUGGGCCACAUUUCAGCUACAGAUGAAUAUCAGAGGUGAUCUUUUGUUCAGUAUCAGGGAUUAUUCUAAAGAAAAAGUUCAAAAUAAAGAUUUUGAAAGACUUAUUCAUCUCUUACGUAUAUGUCCAAAUGAAAGAACACCAAAAGACAUUCUGCAGAUGCAAUUGUGCUUGAAGACAAACCGAGCUUUUCGCAGCUUCCCCAGCAAUGCACAACAGAAGCUCUGCCAAGCUUUCAUCUACCAAAAGUAUAUAGCUGGAACAGUCAUUAUGAAACAAGGACACAUGGCCACUGAAUGUUACUUAUUGUUGUCUGGCAAACUGAAAUUUAUGAUAACUGAUGAAAAAUUUGAAAAUGGGAUUUUGGCCUCCGAAGCAUUAUAUGAACUGGAAGAAGAAGAUUUCAUAGGGGAAACCUGUCUGUUGACCAACACGAGACGUCCUGCUUCAGUUAUUUGUAAAUCUGAUACCGAACUUCUUGUGAUUGACACAAAGGUUUUUGAAUGUGCUCUUGCCAGCGUAAGGUAUGAACAAUACCAUGCAACUUGCUGUUUUUUAAGGAAACUUCCACUGUUCUCUACUUGGCCAUCAGAAAAAAUAGAUUUUAUCACUCAUUGUUCUCUACAGAAAUCAUACAGGGCAGGAACAACUGUUGUAAUGGACAGCCUGAAUUCUUACUUCAUUGUUAUUGUAAAAUCAGGCCGUUGCACAGAGGCAGCAAGGCUGGAUUCAAGGGCAAUUAACACUCAAGAUGCUACAUGGGAAAUGACACCUAGAUGCAAGCCUGAAAAACAAGGACCACAGGUAGCUUCAUUAGCUCCCCGGCUGCUAAAGAUAAGAGCUCUUGAGCAAGGUGAUAUUUUUGGACUGGCCAAUUUAAUGGACAAGUCAUGUCUUCUUCAACUCAGUUUGAUCAGUGAAGGUGCAGAGUGCAUAUUUAUUCCCAAGCGACUAUUUCUGGAAGAAGCAACUGCUAAAUCCAGGCAGAUGGCAUUACAGAUGUUCAGCAGUUACCCCACAGAGAGUAUGAUCCAGCAGAGUUACAAUACACAGCAAACAUGGAACAGAUACAAGAGCAAACUUAUUAAACAGCACCUUAAAUGGCAUGCUGAGCAAGCAGGCAUCAAAAGUAGUAAUGGCUGGUAAAUAUAUUUUAUAUGCAUUGCAAGCCAAGCUUUUGUCCUGAUAAGAAAAUACUUACAGUAUUUGUGAAAAUAUAUGACUAUAACUAUUAAAAAAAAACAUUUUGGCUUCUUUUCUGUAUCGUAAAAUGCAUUUAUAUUCACUGGUGAUUUUAUAUCCAUUUCUGAGACUUUGGUAAAAA